AGCUGCGGGAAUACAUCAGUCAAUGACAGCCUCUGUACUCCCUUGCCACAUGUACUGGCCAAGAGGUGCCUUUGGAAAUUCCCAGUCGAACGUGAUGUCCUUCCCGAGAAUGCGCUUGGCGGUCGCUCGCCAGUCUUGCAACGCUAUGAGCGUAUCUCUAACCUCUUUCAUUCAGGCAUUGUACUGUCCCUCGGUCACUAUGGACUUAACGGCCUCGUUAGAGGUCAUCAAUCCAGCGGAGGCUCUCCACCCCUUUUUGACUGCCACUUAAUCCCUUCCCGCAAGCUUUUCAACCUCCAAGGCUUGGAUGAAGGAAGAGACUGCGUCGACCGCUCUCGGAACACAAGGUUUCUUCCCUGGGGCCGAUCACACUGGAGAAAACUUGGGCAGUUUCCGAAUAUCAAGGAGUUCUCCGGCUUCUCAUCCCACCUCUCAUCAAUAAUUGCCUUUUUACGCCGGAAGCUGGCCGCUACCGAAGCUCAAGCCGUUGAGGAUGCUAAGAAACUCGGCCGGCCCGACAUUUUCACCAUCAAAGUGGGAAAGACAUACCCAAAAAUCUACAAAUAUGUCAUUUAUCUCGUUCCAACAUUUUCAAAUCCCAGCGGAAAGACGCUUUGCCCCCAGACCCGCAAGGACCUUGUCGCGCUUGCCCGGGAAUACGAUGCCCUCGUCGUAUCAGACGAUGUCUACGACUUCCUGAGCUGGCCCGAGGACUCAUCUACUCCAGACGACGCAGUCGAAGCUGUGCCGCCGAGGCUCGUCGACAUAGAUCGCAGUAUGCCCGGCUACAGUACAUGGGGAAACACCCUCAGCAACGGAUCUUUCUCCAAGGUGAUCGGGCCUGGUGUCAGAGUUGGAUGGGCGGACGGCACGCCGGCCUUCGCCAGAGAAUUGGCCGAGGUAGGAUCUUCUAGCUCCGGCGGUGCACCCUCACACCUCACUUCCACUUUCGUCGACAAGAUGCUGCGAAGUGGCAGUCUGCAGACACAUAUCAAGAAGACUCUCAUACCAACAUAUCGUGAGAGAUGCCGCGCCCUCAUGGCCUCUAUCCGUGAUAUUUUGGUGUCCUUAGGUGUCACAGUUGAAAUCAAUAACCCAGAAGAUGCCGCGCAAGCGACGACGGGAGGCUUCUUCACAUACCUCCGGCUUCCAGAAGAGCUUCCAGUGGCACGAACAGUGGCAGCCAUAGCCUUAAAAGAGAAAUUCCUUCGCGUCGCAUUCGGACACAUGUUUGUUGUCAGUGGGGACAAAGGGAGCGUUCAGAGAGCAGAGUCGAAGAAUGGCUUCACCAGAUGCAUCAGACUAUGCCGGGCGUGGCAUGAGGUAGCUCAGCUCGAGGAAGGCAUUGAAAGACUAGCUGCUACCAUACUGGAUAUCAGAUCUAGAUUGGAAGCUGGUGAGAAUAUGAGUGAGCAGGUCUCCAUCGGAAUAAGGUAG